AUGGGCCGUGCCACACCAGAAACUUCUUCAGGACCGGAGUGGCCUGCCCGAGCAUACACCCUCGUGCACGCGCACGCACCGUGCUGCAGAGUCUGGCCAGAUCCGAUGCGGUGGAUGCGAGUCCCUUCGACGAUGUGGCGGCAGCCUCGCCGGGAGAUGCAGCCCGUGAGGAGUCUCGGAACCCCAGCCCAUCCAGGAGGACCCUCUCCGUCACCUUCACCUGCAACAAGUGUGGUGAGCUUCUGA